AUGCGCAGAUGGCCGAGAGUGCUGCUGGGUGCGCCAUUUUUGCUGGCUUCCAUGGGGGAGCGGAGUUGGGCAGGAAAGCAAGCCGAUUUUGAAAAAGCACACCAGUCUGCGGACAUGAAGCACUUCGAGGAUAACAAGUAACCCCGAGCGGUAGGUAAGAAUUUGUUUGCUUGAGUGCCAAGUGUUCCAUUUGCCGACUUGCUCGCAAUUUUCCCGUUGAGAGGUUGUCGCUCCAAGUCGAGUGAGUCUCUAAUGGAUCCCAGGACCGCUUGGAUCCAGCCGGAGCAGAAGGGACCUGCCAAUUCGUUAUGGAUGCACAUUUGGGAAACGUCUCAGGGUUUUGCCACCGACAACCGCGUUCAGUACCAGCGCAACAUCGUAACGUUCAACGGCGAAUACUGUAAAAGUGUCGCAGCAGCGGCGGCGGCAGCGGCGGCGGCGGCGUCGUCUCCGCCGCCGCAACAGCCGCCGCCGCCGCCGCUCGGUGCCGUGUUCGGGAAAGUGUCGAAGCGAGACGGCGGUGGAGAGAGGGGGAGCGCCCGGAGGAAGGGCUCCUUGUCGCCGUCGUCCUCCUCGCUCGACUCGGAGGCCGAGAGCUCGUCUCCGUCCGGCUCCUCUCUCCAGAUAGACAAUUUAAACGUCUCGGAGGAGGCGAGCAGGUUUCUACACUACGGCGAACACGAGCUGGACGACAGCGACGUGAGGCGGCGGCAACAGCCGCCGCCUGGUCCUCUGCCUCCCGCUGCCGCUGCCGCUCCUCCGCCUGUGCCUCUCCGCGCUGCUCCCCAACAUUGUCGCAGCAGCACGCCACAAUCCGCCGGCCACACCCCCGCCAGGAUGAAGAACCAACACGGGAGCAAGCAGCACCAUUACCCCGCGUCGGCCCGCAGGAGGUACCUGCACCGAGCAAACUCGUUCCACGGCUGCGACUCCUCCUGCAGUCUGUGGAAGACCAGGCGCUACAGCCCCGGGGUCAACGGUCUCCAUGAAGAGAUAGUUGACUUUUUCAACUUCAUGUCACCGCGUCCAGAGGAGGAGGCCAUGAGAAGAAAUGUUGUGAACAGGAUCGAGAGCGUCAUAAAGGAACUGUGGCCCACGGCUCGGGUGGAGAUAUUUGGAAGCUUCAGCACAGGUCUCUAUCUUCCAACCAGUGACAUUGACCUGGUGGUGUUUGGGAAGUGGGACCACCCCCCACUGCAGGAACUCGAGCAAGCACUGAAGAGACACAACGUGUCGGGCCCAUAUCCCAUUAAAGUCCUCGACAAAGCUUCUGUGCCCAUCAUCAAGCUCACGGACCAUGAAACAGAGGUCAAAAUUGACAUCAGCUUUAAUGUGGAGACUGCUGUCAAAGCAGCACAGUUCAUUAAGAGCUACCUAAAGAAAUACACUGUUCUGCCGCCUCUGAUCUUCGUUCUGAAGCAGUUCCUACUCCAGAGGGAUCUGAAUGAAGUUUUUACUGGAGGCAUCAGCUCGUACAGUCUUAUACUGAUGGCUAUCAGUUUCCUGCAGCUGCACCCACGCAUUGACACGCGGCGUGCUAACAUCAACCUGGGCAUUCUGCUGAUUGAGUUCUUCGAGCUGUACGGGCGCGACUUCAACUAUAUGAAGAUGGGCAUUCGUGUGAAUGGGGGGGCCUACCUAUCCAAAGAGGAGAUGCUCAAAGCGAUGGGGAAUGGGAACAGGCCAUCUAUGCUCUGCAUAGAGGAUCCAAUACAGCCAGGUAACGAUGUAGGCCGAAGCUCAUAUGGAGUCUUGCAAGUCAAGCAAGUGUUUGACUUUGCCUACAUGGUGCUGAGUCACGGUGUGUCUCCGCUCGCUCGGGCAUACCCCAACAAAGAGUAUGAAAGUACUUUAGGUCGUAUUAUCAAAAUUUGCCCAGAGGUUCUUGCCUACAGAGACUGGACUAUUAAGACGUGGGGAGCUAAGCAGUAUGCCAACCAGGAGAAUCAUGAUGUAGAGACGUGUGAGCAGGACCUCGCCAGACUGAUGCUGGUUUCUGUGGAAGACCAGCGAGACACGGCCUCUCCCCUCAGCGCUGAUUCGUCCUCGCCCUCCCCGGUCUUCCUCAACAGCCCUCAGCACCAUUCUUCAUCCUCCUCCCCCAGCUCAAACUCCUCCUCCUCUGGGAGUGACAUUGAAUCUGAUCCUCCUCUAAGCACUAAUGGAGUCCAUCUCCAGUCCCUGAACCUGGCCUCAGUCCAUUCUAUAAUGCAGAUGGCUGCACAUCCAGCAGGCUUUAUCCACACCGCACCGCAGUUCUACCAUGAGAAUCUGCCAUCAGUCAGCAUGGUGCACCGGCAUAUGGCACAAGCUGCAGUCUCCCCGCACUCCAACUCCACAAGCCCUCAACCCAGCCCCCUCCAUCAACUCCAGCAACCCCGGAUGGGAGGGCAACACCAGCACACGUACGCCAUUCCGCCAGAGUCCCAGGGCUCAUUUGAGCCCCGCAAAUUUGGCUUCAAGCACAAUCAAAGCAGCAGCCUCCGCGGCCAAAGUCACUCCCAAGGUAGUUUCAGUCCCCAACGGCGGUUUGUUCCUCAGGGCCACAAUGCGGAACCAGGUUUGAGGAACCAGCAGCAGUACAACUGCAACACCUGGCGACGCAGAAAGAGGGAAAAUCUCCCAGCUCUGAAUCAGAGCAGAUGAAGGAUUGAAGCACUGAUAUGACCUACUGCUUUUAAAGCCCUUCUUUCUCUUGUCACUACAAACUGUCAGUUGCAUAGCCAAGACGGUUUUCCGGUAGCUUGCACUGGAAGUCAAUUCAGAUUGUCUUCAAUUGUUUCAAGUGACCAGUACUCAAUUUCUGCUUCUGUUCUGCCAGCACGAAGCAAAGACCCGACCCUGGCAGGUGAAGGACCAUGGUCUUGGGUCUUAACUGUACUUGAAGAGCCUCAAAACGUUUGGCCUUUGGAAACACUCCCUCCACACUGGAAGCACACCAGCACCAGAGUUGAGUUGACAACCCAGACUUGGUCCUCACCAGUGUCACUUCCAUGAAAGCAAAGUCACGUGCCAUAGUCGCCAACGGGUUCAUCAAGCCUUAUCCUCGGUCCCUCUCAGUUUUAACUCCCAUUGGGCCUUUUGGAUUGUUUUUUUUUCUUUUUUCUUUUUUUUUUUCUCUCUUGACUAAUUUCUUACUCUGAAUGCAUCAUUCCUUUUGCAACGCUCUUACAGCUCGGACUUUCAGUCCUGUUCGACUGAAGCGACGCACUACCUUCCUUUCUAGCUAUGCAGCACAACGCUGACUCAAUGUUUUCGGUGUGAUGGCACAAAAACAGACCUUCUCAAGUGCUUAAACUGUGAUGACUUGUUUGAAUGUACCGAGUGGUGUUUGUGUGUUGGAACUGACGUUCGCUCGUGUUUGUCACUGAGGGAUUUUUAAUAAUUUUUUUUUUCGUUCACAUUGGCACUUUAAUUUUGUUGCAUUCAUGUGCAGUAGAAGGUUGCUUUUUAUUUAAUUUAUUUCACAUUUUCGUUUUUCUUUUUAGCGUUUUGGUCCCCCUCACAUCCACUAUUUUUGUUUUAUCCUCCUCAAGUCCUCAUUGGCCUGUGCAAUAUCUGGAUUUUUAAGGGCCUUGAAUGAAUGUGUUCCGCUUUCCAGCUGAAGGGGGCGCUGUGGUAUAGCGACAUGAGAAAAAUGUGCCAAAAAAAUCUCGACAUUUACAGUUUCAUCCACAUUACAAUCACUUUGAAUUUUGCCAAGUUUGUUGAAAUAAACCCCCCCCCCCCCACACACACACAUGUAGUUCUCAUUUUAAGUCUGUCACUUUUUGUUUGUUUUAUUUUAGUCUAUCCUUGAAGAGGAUACGUUGGAAAGAUGACUUUUUUUUUUUUUUUUUACAAUUUGCUUCUUUUUGCCAUUUCAAAAAUGUCAAUAUUUGGUGCUACUUAUAACCAGCAAAGUGCUUUUUUUUCUGCCUUUAUCUGCUUUAAUUCUGUAAAAGCAAAAGGUCCACUGCCUUCUUGGAAGACCAAAUUCUCCCAUACAGAGCCAGAACUUUAGUUCAAUGUACUGCUAGAUGUGCUUCAUAUCCAUUAACACGGCAUCAUACAUUGUAUGAGGCCAUCAAUUUAUUGUCUCCCUCUUCUACAUGUUCAAAGUUCAAACCUACAUAACCGAAAAGGAAUCCUUAUAAUGGCUCGGGUAUGGGAUGUGACUUAUUCAAUGUUGCAAGAAUUUGGUGGAGCCUUUGACAAAACAAAAUCGAGCCAAGUUGUUUUCAGCAUCCUGAGUACCAAACUGAUGCGAUGUACUGAAAAUAUUUUUGUGUUUUCAGUGCAGCUUUUCGUUAAGCUAUCCAAGAUAAUCAGCGAGCGGUUACGUCUUUGUACACCAAACCAAUCCCCAUCUUAUAUCUGUAAUUAAGGAUGUGUAAAUGACUGACUUAUAGAUGUAUUCUUUUUUUAAGUCUUAAGUUUUUCUAUUUUUUUAAAUAAACAUUUUAAACUCCA